UCCGCGAUCUGCUGCUGUCAUCCAAAAUAGCGGCGAAGCGCGAGUGGAAAUAACUAAUUUUACCUUUAUUUACCCACAUUUAUUAAAAAUACAUGAACGCAAUUCACAACACUCAAAUAGUGUCGCCGUUCCUCCAUAUUUGACCGUUUAACCUGGCAUGGUGGUGGUAGGCUAACAGUCAAAACAGUGAUAAUGAAGUGCUUGAGAACAGAGGAGUACGUCCAACAGUUAUCUUGUGUUAAGGACACGGUAGUUCUUCACGACGAGCUGAAGAAACAUGUGGAUGAUGGCUUUGGUCCAUAUGGUCGCACAAUGUGCGAUCGUAUCAUCCGGGCUUGCAACCAGCGACUGGGAAGUGGGUCUUUGGACCCUGCCCAUCAGGACCAGAUAGUGGAGUUGGUGGAACUGGCCGUCCAAGGGUUUGAAUCGCUCAAAGAGUCUGGAAUACAGAGCAACCCAUUUUAUCUAGAGAAAAUAGUGUUCCACAUCCUACAGAAAGUCACAAGCCUUGGAGCUCACGGCCCUGCUUGUCGAUUGGGUCAACUUAUGUAUAGAAGACUAAAGCGUUUGUCUGCAGAGAUGGAUGACUUCCAUGUUCUAGUGCGGAAUUGCUUCGCAGUGCUGUGGAACAGUCUCCUGUCCAACAGAGCGAGUGGCUCCACCCUCCUUCCACGGGACAGACUUCACUGUCAGCUGCAAGCUUUAACUUUCAGACUCCUAGAACAUGGGUCCAGCUCAGCCUCUUUCCCAUCUAAAGUUCCUCUGUUCGUAGAGGAAGUGGUAGUAGAGUAUGAAAGAUCUUGUGGGAGUUUUACUCAUGAUGAUGUGAGUUUUCUGUCCUCUGAAUUACGAGAACUGUUCUUCGGCCCUUUAAUCAAUCCGCAAGACUCUGCACUGACGUGUCUCUCGCUAGCAGUGCGGUGCGAGGUGGUGUUUAAGGUUUGUAAACUGCUCUGCAAGAGUCGGUUUUCUGCCGAGGCUGUUGGAUUGUUGCGUGGUGCUCUGGAGGGCGUUGAUGGCCACGUGGGUCUGCGUUUGGCUUUGAGCCUUGCAGAUCGUGCAGUGCAGCUGCAGUCUGCAUUAAGCUUGGGAGGUGAAUGCAGUAAGGCUUUCACUGAAUGUGCACGUUCCCUCAGAGGGCUGCCUCGUGUCAUGUCGGCUGCAGAGUCUCAUGCCUUAUUAGAGGCUUGUCAGUUGGUGGUUUGGGCAUUGGAAGCCGGUCAGUGUAAAGAGAUGGACGUAACUACAUUGCUGGCUUGCUUUUCAUUUUUGGAAGAAUAUCAGGAACUUCUGCUCACACAGCAAAAAGACUCAUUUUCACAGCAGGUGCAGUACUCGCUUUGUUUCAGUUUUUACCAGGGCUUCAUUAGCACGUAUGAUAGUCUUCAUGCAUCUCAGGUGUCUGCAGGCGAUGCUCUGGACAGAGUCCUGUUGUACUGCCAGGCGACAGCAGGGCGGAUGCUUGCUGAACUCCGGACACUCAACAAUGACAAUUUCUUACUUAAAGCAGUGUGUGCAGUGAAUAAUGUGGUAUAUGAGCUGUUUAACAGGAAGCUGUAUGAGGGAGGCUUUGGUUUGGCUGUGAUUGUGUGUCAGGAUCUGUGUAAGGACUGCCCACCCUCUCUUCCUGUGGAUAGGGUCAACCGCUGUUUCACGCUGACCGUGCAGUGUAGCCGGCGUGGGGGUCAGCUGGAGCGGGCUCUAGACUGGAUUGUGCGCUGGAUUCGGGUUUUGGGCACACAGAUUUUGGAUCAUCUCACAGAACCUGUGUCACUGUGGGUCAAAACCAAGUCUGAUGCUGCUCGAGCAGGAGAGGAUGACACGCGUCUAAGGACUCUGAGGGAUGGGUUAGGAGAAGCAAUAGCGGAUAAAGAGGUGAUGUUGUGUUUGUUAGAAGAGGAGUUGCGUUUGUAUAAAGAGCAGACUGGAGACACGACCCAGGAGCGCUACAACACACUCUGCGACCUCUUGGAUAUCUGCCAUGAAGAAACCCCACAUACACUGAGACGGGCUACAUAUCUAUGUGAGAUGGCACAGGUUGUGUGCUACCAGGACUUCAGCCAACAGACUGACUGCUCAGCAGUUGACUUUACCCAUGAGGCUUUGAGGUUGCUGGAGGCGGAGCCAGAUACAGCAGAGAAUGCUGAUAGGCUGAAGGAUGAGAAGGCACAUGCCUCCCUGUGGCGCUACAUCUGUACUCUUGAGACCAGUUUGCAGGAGGCUGUGGACACAGAGAAGCGAUUGCGUGCAGUGCAGGAGGAGAAUAAAAUGGAGGGGAGUAUGGAUCCUGUUCCCACUAAUGAUCUGGAGUAUGAAGACAAACAGAAAUCACAAGAGAGCCAGUUAGUCUAUGAUGGACUACGCUUCAAUCUACUGGCUCAAAGCAAGCUGAGUGAGCCUUUGGACAGAUGUUUGUCUCUGUGGCGGAGUCUGCUCAAGGGCUCUGUGCCUGCAGUUAGAGACCCUAAACUCACUGCUUCUUCCAUGACACUGAUGGCUGCCCUCUACACACUUAUGGGCAAACACCUGCAAGCUCUGGAGGGAUAUCAGCUCGCUGCUGCUCUUUUCCAUAGCCUCGGUGAUGCCCAGAAUAGUGCGAAUGCCUUUUGCCACUCUGCCAGGAUCCUGCUGUAUCUGGGCUCUCCUCCGCUUGCGCAGGUGGAGUUAGAAAAAGCAGAACAGAGUUUGACCUCUGUCCCGAGCUCUGAGGGCACAUCUGUAAUAUCCAUGCUUGCUACGCUGCAAAAAGCACAGAUACACUACGCUUUAGGACAGGUGGAGCGUGGUGUGAGCUGUCUGAUAGAGGUGAUAAAGGAGUCCACUCAGCAUCAUUCUAAGAGCUGGUACCUGCUCAGGGCACAAGCACUGCAGACAGCCAGUGAAUACUUGAGUCUGGACACACAGACUUUGGACUCACAGCUACAUCAGAGCAUCGCUCAGCAUGGUCUGAAGACUUCAGACACGGCUCAAUAUGAAGGGUUAAAGCUUUUGUGCAGCCUGGUGAUGAUGUUGCUGGGCAAUGGGUUUUACGGAGCCCCUGGACCAAACACAGACACACGCUUUGUUGAUCAAGGAGACAGUGUUGUAUUUAAGUGGCUGUUGCUGAGUGAGGUGCUGGUGUGCUCUGAAAGGAUGGUGAUCGUGAGGAGCAGCAGUGGGGCUGUUCAUGAAGCGAAAGCUCAGUGUCUAGAGGCUCUCAAACUGGCCAUCAAACUGCAGACACUCAGCCACUGUGCCGAGCUGUUGGUGUUGAAAGCAGAACUGGAGUUGAUGAAGGGUGCAAAUGAAGCUAGUAGUUUGGAUCUGGAGCAAGUUAGAAACUUACUUGAUCUCUGCACAGAUUUUGGCCAGGGAAAACAACAGAAGUCUGAGGUAAAAAUAAAACCACGCAAAGGUCGGCCAGCUGCCCCUUCUUCCUCUGGUCAUGCCCCUGAGAAAGAUGAUGAUCUGAGUGGAAUCCUCAGUUCUCGUGCCCUUCUCAAGGAGCCUGUGGAGACCAUGUCUAGAUUAGGAAGCCAAGGAGCAUCUCCCCCUCUGAAGCCCAAACGCCAGCAUGGGCUUUCCUGCCUGACCCACGCAGACACCUGUUCCUGUCCCUGCUGCAGUGAGCUCAGUGUGGCUCGAGUCAGUAUCCACUGGGCACUGUUACAGGCAGACCUCCAGACAGACCCUGAGCGCUCUUGCCGACUACGCCAAUCUGCCAGGAAACGCUGCCGUAGUGUCGCAGCUAAGCUCCAAAGCAGUUUGGCAGCUCUUGUGUCUAAAAAGUCAGCUGGACUAUGUCUGUCGCUGCUCCAGGCAGAACAAGGCAAAGUGCAUUUGGGCGCUGUGCUUCAGCUUCUGAGAACAGGGGACAAAGGGAAGGCUACAGUCCUGUGGGAGGAAAUAGAGGCAGGAUUGGAGGCAGUGAUGCCCAAAGGGGCACUGACACCAGAGCUUGGGCCCAUCAGAGCUGCUCUGCUGGGGGCUAAAGCUGUGGCCUGCUGCUUGGCAUUGGCCAUGAAGAAACAGUGUACACCAGAAGAACUGUUUUCUUCUGUAUGGGGCUGGAAUCCACCGAAGGUUAAACCACAAUUAAAACUCAAAAGCGAAUCAAAGCAUCGAUCCAAGAGCCCCGUUUCUGACACAACUCCUCCAGAGGCAGGUGCAACAUGCCACCCAGAUGUUAAGAGUGCAUCUGCAGAGCAUGAAAGCAGGAAAACCAAAGAGUUCUCUGUAGUUUCUAAGAAACCUAAGGACUUAGUGCCUAAAAUUACCAUCACAAAAUCUUCCAUGGUUUUCAAAACGCCUAAAGCAUCAAGGACAUUCCGGCCCAAAUCGGUCUCCACUAGCUCUGGCAUUGGUGACUUAAGAGCCUUUGACUUCACUAAUGAGGUCCCUGAAAUUUCUGUCGACUUUACACCCUCAUUACACCCAUCUGCCAGCCAUCGUGGGAUUGCAAAGUCAAAAAUUGGCCCAAAGGGAUCGUUUGAAGUCUACAAAGAUUCUUCUCCUGCAGAAGAGAAACCUGUGAUUGUGCCAGCUGCGCCUAAACGAACCAAGCGCUCUCGCUUCAAGGUCGAAUUCAGUGAUGAAAGUGACACUGAAGCCAUACCUCCUGCUGUAGUGGAUAAGUCUGAGAAAAAGCGGAAUGCCUCCAACGCCAAAACAUCUCCGAAACCAGCUCUGAACUCCAUUUCUAGGGACGCCAAAGUUGUGAACCCCACUGUAGAACCAGAACCUCCCCGACGCACACGGACCACUAACAAAAGCACAGCCCUCCCCUCUACCAGCUGCCUCUCUUCUGAGGAAGAAACUGGCUUAUCUACCCAGACACGCACACGCAGAGGACGACCAAAAAAGAGUCAAAGUUCAGAGGCCACAGAGGAGCCAGAGAGGAUGAGGAUGAUUAAAGAGGAUGAAGAUGAGGUUGUUUUGGAUAUCAGCCUGGAGGAGCUCAGAGGGUCUGACACGGAGAUAAAUGACGCAGGCAGCCCAGAUGCUGAUUGUGAGGUCUUGAGGAGAGAUCUGGCUGCAGAUGUUGGACGAGGAUGUUUCAGUGAGCUCAGAAGAAAUGGACAGAACGGCUCUGGAUCUCACACAACCCUGCCACAUGCAUCUACACCCCUAGCUGAUCUGUCAGUAGAGGCGGUCCAGUCGUACCUGCGUUCCUCAUGGCUCCUCCUCCAUCACUUCCCACCUCCCUCUCUUUUUCCCCACAUCUGCUCACUGCUCGCUCAGUCACUCGGCCAAACCGAUCCCGUCACUACUGCAAUGCUACAUGCACAGUCGCUAGGUGUGUCCACUCGCCACCAUAUGACCCGUCAUGUGGUUAGCCAGUUCAGGAAGCUGAAGAAAUCUUGUAAUGAUGUAACAGAAGGUCUUGGUGCUCUGAGUCUGGAGGAAACGUCUGGGGCAACACAGUCUCAGAAACUCUCUGCACUGGAGCAGAUCUUUUCCUUCACCUUAUCACACCCAACACAGUUCCCACAGACACACUGCCACCAGUUCACACAGCAGCUGAAAGAUCUGCCAGCAGGAAUAACAGUGUGCAUGCUUUCGCUCACGGGUGUCUAUCCUGAUGAAAUCGGCAGCACUAUUCUUCUGACCCGACUGGAGCACGGCUCUAACCCAAUCACUGUUCGAAUCCCUACUGCAGACAGAAAGCGCUCUGUUGCUGUGCUGUUGGAAGAAAUGGAUGGAGUAUUGAAGGGGCAAAAGGACGUGAGUACGGUGGCUGAGAAAUCGCAGUGGUGGGAAGGAAGAAAGUCUUUGGAUGUUCGUGUGGAGAAAAUGUUAGAAGAGAUGGAAGAGGCUUUAGGUGUGUGGCGAACUCUACUCCUGCCUUUGAUCUCUGAUUCUGAGCUUGAAGUUCAGGUAAAGUGCUUCCAAAAGGCACUGAAAGGAACAAAGAUCACACAGGACAUUCUUAAGGUGAUUCUCUCAGCAUCUUCACUCCUGUCCCUGCCAGACCUGCAGUGCCUUGUGAAGGGGAUGGGUCAGCAGGACAAGGACUUCCCGAGGCUUCUGCAGGGUGGUGUGGCUAAACUGAGAGGAAGGGAGGAGCCACAGGGACAUACAGUUCUCAUCUUAGACAAGUUCUUGCAGAGGUUGCCAUGGGAGAACAUUGUUUGUCUGAAGUCUCGUUCUGUCACUCGCAUGCCCUCAUUACAUGCAGUACUUGGACACAGUCAUCUGAAAGAGAUGGAUUCAAGUUGUGUUCUGUCCUGUGGUGUGAACCCUAAGAAAGUUUACUAUGUGCUAAACCCAGAUGGAAACCUACCUGACACUGAGAAUCGCUUUAAAGAAUGGUUUACUGGUGAGCGAGCGUGGCAGGGGGUUUGUGGAACUGCUCCUGACCCAGAUAAACUACAAGAGGCUGUGACCACCAAAGACCUUUACAUUUACAUAGGACAUGGUGCAGGAGCCCGGUUUCUGGAUGCUCAGAGGGUUUUGAAAGGGCCUGUGCGGGCAGUAGCUCUUUUGUUUGGCUGCAGUAGUGCUGCUCUCAGUGUCCUUGGCCACCAGGAAGGAACAGGAAUCAUCCUCAGCUACUUGACAGCAGGAUGCCCAUUAGUGCUCGGUAACCUGUGGGACGUGACGGAUCGUGAUUUAGAUCGGUUCACGUCGGCUCUGCUCCAGUCCUGGCUCUCUGCUGGUUCUGGCUCCUCCCUUCUUCAGCAUUUAGCCCAAUCACGUAACGCCACACAUUUAAAACAUAUAAUUGGUGCUGCACCCAUUGCCUAUGGUUUGCCUGUGUAUAUUCACUAGCCCAGAUUUUAACUUUUUUAUUAUUCACAGCUAAUGUAGUAAAUUUUUAAUGUGUAAAUGCAACUAUCUGUUAUUUAUGGUCUCAGGGCUUGUUUACAAUGCAAAGAAUAAGCUCUGCCUAUAUGAAAAUGAACCUAGGAAAUCUAGGAUUAAAUCUAACUUGGGCCUAGUUGACAAACUCAAAGUGUUUAGCCAUUUUAACGUCCUCAUUUAAUUUCUGCCGUGUUGUUGUGUGGUUGCAGUUGCUGAUUUAGUAACCUCAAGAUGUUUUACUCAAGUAUUUGAAGUCACAUGUUUUUGACGUACAAGUUCUUUCUUGUAUUUUCAUUUUUAUUUCCUCUAAGUUAUAUCAAAUGCCAAACUGCUUUAAAAUAAAAUGAUUUUAU